UCAGGAAGUGGUGCAGCUGAAUCUGUUUAACUUGAUGAUAUGUGAACGAAGGGAAAGCUUUCACUAGAGGUUGUUUUGCUUCCCAGACACGGAUCCAGAUCUCAUCAUGGUCCGUCCGGGAAAUACAGGAGUUGGCAAAAGUGCAGGCCACCCCAUAAACGAUGCACAUCCCAAGACAGUCAGGAGGAUUGUGCUGCUCGGUCUACCUGGAGUAGGAAAAAGUGCAUCAGGAAACACCAUCCUGGGGUCAGAUCAGUUUGAAUCAGACUGCUGCUUUGAUCCGGUCACCACAGAGACUGCCUCUAAAUCAGCCAUAGUGGAGGGUCGUCAGGUCACAGUGGUGGACACUCCAGGAUUCACUGAUGAGGUUCUGACCCUUGAACAGCUGUUCACGGCGAUCAGGCAGUCGUUGGUAAAGGCCAGUCCAGGACCACAUGCCUUUGUCUUUGUGGUCAGACUCGGCAGAAUCGCACCAGCAGACGUCCGAAUGUUGGAGCAUCUUCCAAAAGUGUUUGACAGCGACGUUUGUAGUGCUCUUCAGUACUCCAUGGUCCUUUUCACUCAUGGAAGUGAACUGAAAGGCAGGUCCAUUGAUGAUUUUAUCCAUUCCGGGUCCAAAAAUGCUAAACCUGUGUUAAAACUGGUCUCCAUGUGUGGUAAUAGAUUCUGUGUGUUGGAAAACGGAGACAAGAAAAACAGAGAGCAGGUUAGAAACCUUCUGAAUAUGAUAGAUGUGAUGGUCGACGAUAAUGGUGGCCAGCACUUCACCAAUGACAGGUUCAAGAUGGCUGACAGGGUUAAAAAUGAGGGAAGGAACCUGUCAGCUGAGACAAUUCAAACGAGUGAGGCUGCAGAUGGGACAGGUCUGUCAGCUAGUGACAGACAACUAUCUAAAUUCGUAUACGAUCAUUUAUAUGAAAUCUUCCUCAUUGCAGCAGGCCUGAUACUUGGAGGUGCAGCUGGAGCAGCAAUCGCAGUCAAAUAUAGCAAAGUUGCGAUCGUCAUUGGAGGUGUAGUUGGAGCCGCAGUUGGCACAGCUGUUGCUGUAGGUGGAGUCAAAGUCAAAGCCAAAAUCACAGCCAAAGUCACAGCCAAAGCCAAAGUCAAAGUUACAGCCGAGGCUGAGGCUGAAGCCAUAGUCGAAGCCGAAGUCGAAGCCAAAUUCCCACAGGAUUCAGAGUAAUCAAAAAUGAACAAAUAGCAUGCAAUACAUAAUCAUUGUGAUAUAAUAUAAAGCUCAUAGACAUUGGAUUGGUUGGAUGGGGGUCAAUCGUGGUAAAUCCUGACUCUGGUAAUUGGUCAACUGUGUGGGGUUGAGAAAGUAGGCAGAGUUUUAACUUCUCUCUCAACUCUGAGGCUCUUUGUUCGCGGGAAGUCUUGCAAAUGAUGGCGGCUGUCUAGACAGCAGCCUGUAAUCUUACCACAGAUGGACUUCAAAAUGUGCAGUACAACUGACAUCAGAGCGUUCAUCAGCAAUGGUGGGGUUUUUGGGGGGGUUUUUUAGUAGUUCAACACAAAUUAAACCAUCAGCUGCUUUGAGUUCUUUAGUGUUUUGUAUUUGUUUUUUAUUGAAGCUUCAUUAUUGUGAGCGUGUUAAUUGAUUAUUUUAAUGGAUUUUUGUUUUGUGCUUUUCAGUCUUACAGUUAUGAGUUUUUGAGUCUUUGUUUGACCUUUGAGCACUUGAACAAUCAUAAAGAACUGAUUUAUCAUUUAUAACUUACCAUCCACAUCGCUUUGUUUUGCUCAUUUGUUGAUUCUCAAUCUUAAACAUCUGCUGAAACAGUUUUGUUGGUAGAGCUUAUAGACAUUAUAACCUUUAUCUAUAAAUCACUUUGGCUCUUUCUUUGUGAGUGGAACUUCACAUAAAUGAUUUAAUCUUGUUGUUUAUCUCAUGGUGGUGUCAGUUUUCAUGAGGGAUGACGCAAACAGAAUAAAGAUGUAUUCAGAUGUAAGUACUCAUUAACUGUGAUAAAGUCCGACACAUUUUCUCACAUAGAUGAUGAUGUGUGUAUGAUUCUAAUAAAUCAUUCACGUGAAACCUUC